UUAUUGUGAAACGUGGUUCUGCUCGUUUUCAGCUUUUUUGGUCUAGCUAGGAUAGACUCAGAGCACAUCGAUCGGCUAUGAGUUUGUUGUACAUUUAACGUUAGCGUAGUAACACGCCGUGCAUGUACAUAGCUAACGUUAGUCAGGCAAAUAAUGUUUAGUAGUCAGGGCAUCCAACCCGUAACUUUUGUUUUUAACAACGCAAAAAACUGCUUUCUUCAUAUCUCCUCGAAGUUGAUAUCGCAUCUUUCUCUGAACGAGAACCAGGCUUUGGAGUUGUCCUGGGGCCAUGGCUCUCCAGUGUUUCUCAGCUGGACUCAAAACAGAACCUCCUCCAGCUUGGACAGCCAUAAAGUGGAGCUGUGUCGACAACUGGGAGAAAAGCUGGGCCUGAAGGAUGGAGAGCAGGGCUUCCUGAGACCAUGUCACCAGGUUUCAUCAGUGCAUCAAGUGUUUGUGGAGCCUCUGUCAUCUGACGACUGGGAAAUCUUGGAGCUCCACAGUGCAGCGCUGGAGCAGCGGCUGUUGGAUCAGAUCAGAAUUGUUUUCCGAGAUGCCGUGUUGCCUGUGUGGGUGGACAGCCACACAGCCAUCUACAUCCAAAUAGCAUCGCUUUCGCCAUCUGUGCCCUAUGGUCGCUUGGAGCAGUUCACAGAACUAAUUGUCUCUCCUAAGAGCCGCGCUGGAAUUGGCAACCUGAAUGAUUCUCCAGUGAGAAACAGCGAGAAGCAGAAUUUUCCAAGACUGCAAAAUAUGGAUCCUUCCUCCCCCUCAGGACCGUCAUUAGAAAGUACCUCCCCUGUCCCUCAAAGCCACCAGUGGGGUGGCAUAGCUGACAUGAAGAGCCUGCUACGCUUUAUGAUAAAGGGUACUUACAAUCCGGUUAAAGAGCUGCCACCUGUACCCGACAUUCCUGCCCUCCUCACCGACUCUAUCUACAGAGUGUGUGGUGCACCUCCAGACUCUCUUUGCUCUAUAAGCCCAAUUGCAGAUGCUGUUAUUCAUUUAUUUCCUUCGAGCCACGGGAUGAAUGCUGAUCCAACUGGAGGUCAGUCGCAAGUGACUUAUGGCCUGCUCUCCAAAGUCCUCUCCCCUAAAGAAUCGAGGGACAGAGCCAAGCAGGCAAUGGAGAAAAAGAAGAAUGCAGGAGUUGCUAAAGUUGCUGAGGGAGAGGAGAUGAGAGAAGAGGAAGCGAUGGUGGUCAGGGUGGUGUACCAUGUUACUGAGAAGCUAGCGCACAAUAAAAAAAGUCACAGCAAGGGAGAGAUCCAUAGUGGAAGAGUAUGGAUCCCACCGCCCCUCGCUGUCAGGUUGAAUAUCAUCCCACAUUCAAUAGUAAGAAUCAAGCCAGUCAACUCCACUAUCAAAGUAGCCUCGUCCAUUCGCCUACAGCCCUUAAUACCACUGCCCGAGGAGGACGAUGAGGAGAUCCGGACAGCUUUCCUCGGUUGGCUGCACACUCAGAGUCAUGAACCUUUAGCCUGCCUGACUGCUCGGUCUGGCACCGUCCUCUUACAUGGAACUGAUGCAAAGUUAGAGUUUGCUUUAACUGUACUGAAACCGGAACCAGAGAGUGACCCUCCAGACCAGCUGUUUUCACUAGCACACACUGUUGUCCAGAAGGAAAACAUACAGGUAAACAGAGAGCCAGUAACAUUGCCAGCUGUGAAAUCUAUAGCUGAGAUGCCCAACUCGAAGCUUCCCUCCCUCAGUAUUCUUGGUGGGCUCGAUAAGCUUAGUAGGACUGGAUUUGACUUCAUCUCCCACAGCCUUCUGGGUAGUCCCCUCUCAAGAGAGCUUGGUACCACUGGGCAGGGUCUCCAAGGAGGAGCGCUACUCCUCACUGGUGCUAAGGGAAGUGGAAAGAGUACUCUUUCCCGAGCCCUCUGCAGAAAAGCUAAAGAAGAUCUGGAUGCACAUGUGGAGCUGGUGGACUGCAAGAAACUACAAGGCAAAAGGGCAGAGACAGUGAGACAGUUGCUGCAGGAUAUCUUUGAACAGGCAGAGUGGAGGCAGCCUUCAGUUGUUCUACUUGAUGACCUGGACCACAUGACUGGGUCACCAACCUCACCAGAGCAUGAGCAUGGUCCUGAGGCGCUGCUGCAACAGCACAUUGCACAGAGUCUGAAGGAUGUGGUGGACGAGGUGCUGCUUCACUACAGCCUGGUGUGUCUGAUAAUCACCAGCCAGAGCGAGCAUUCCCUCCAUCCCUCCCUCACUGAGGUGCAGGGGUCCCACUUCAUCCAGGGCUUUGCACACAUCCAGCCACCGGACCAGGCUCAAAGAGCAGAUAUCCUGCGCUGUCUGAUACUCAGAAGAAACAGCCUAUCUGAGGAGACCUUACAGACUCUAGACCUGGCAGCUGUUGCCAAGGAGACGGAAGGAUACACUUCCCAAGACCUUGUACUGCUGUUGGAGCGGGCUGUCCAUGCCAACACUGCACAGAGAGGACGCAGUGACCAGGCUGUGUGUCUGUCGUGGAAGGACUUUGCGCAGGCUCUCAAGGGAUUCACACCUCCCUCGCUGUGGGGUGUAGAUCUUCACACCCCAAGUGGAGUUGGGCUGGAGAGGGUGGGGGGGCUGAGGGAGGUGCGACAGCAGCUAAUGGACACCAUACUGCUCCCCGCUAAGUAUCCCAUCCUGUUCUCCAAUCUCCCUAUCCGCCAUCGCUCAGGAAUAUUGCUGUACGGAGCUCCUGGUACAGGGAAGACGUUGCUGGCCAGCGCCGUGGCCAAAGACAGCGGUAUGAAUUUCAUCAGCAUCAAGGGACCUGAACUUCUGAGUAAGUACAUUGGAGCUAGUGAGCAGGGAGUCCGUGAUGUCUUCCAGAGGGCGCAAGCUGCCAAGCCAUGCAUUCUGUUCUUCGAUGAGUUUGACUCUCUGGCCCCCAGGAGGGGCCACGACAGCACGGGUGUAACCGACCGUGUAGUCAACCAGCUCCUCACCCAGCUGGAUGGAGUGGAGGGACUGCAGGGUGUAUAUGUGCUUGCAGCCACCAGCCGUCCAGAUCUGAUUGACCCGGCCCUGCUUAGACCUGGACGACUGGAUAAAUCCCUCUACUGCCCCCCUCCUGACCUGGAGGCUCGUGUGGAGAUCCUGAAGGCUCUGAGCGCCGGUGUCACACUGGCUGCUGACGUGGACCUGGAGCUGCUGGCAGCAGCAACGGAGCAGUUCACCGGGGCAGACCUGAAGGCCCUGCUCUACAACGCCCAGCUGGAAGCUGUCCACAACAGCAUGGGCUCCGGCACACCGCAUAAUCAGGACCUGACCUCUGGCUCAGACAGCGACAUGAGCCUCUCCUCCAUGAUCUUCCCGAACAACAGCAGUGGCUCAGAGGAUUCAGUGGGGGAGGGGGACCCAGGCGUGGGGCUAGACCAGUCCAUGGUUCUCCUGGAGCCCGGUGAGCUUCAGGCUGAAGACGAUCUACGUUGUGGCAAUGUUUGGAGACUCUACUUUGGAAGCUCCUACGAGUCAGAGUUGGGGAAUUCACCGAUUUCAGGACUGAACUCGCAGUGCGUCUCUGGACCCAACUCCAUGACCCAUGACUUAACGAGGGCAUCAGGUCGGGAACCUGGCGGCUCACUUCCCCCUGCCUACAUGUCCUCCCUCCAGAGCGGGUACGAGGAGCUCGGCCCGGAGCAGCUGGAGCGCCUACAACAAGACAUUAAUAACAUCAAGAACAACUACAGGAGAGCUAACGAGGACUAUGUCCGGGUGCAUUCAACCUCCAGCCAGCCGGGCCUGCUGCUGUGUCGGGCUCAUGUGAACUCUGCCCUGGCCGUGACCGGAGCAUCUCUCAGCAAAGCCGACUGGAACAGAUAUACAAAAAUGUAUGAAGCCUUUGGCGGUGCAGGAGACUGGACAAUCUUCCCACUCGGCCACAUUUAAACCCGGACAACGUGUGACUUUAGCUUGAUUAGACACGCUAGUUACAAACACCCGAUUUGUUAUUUUAAUGUGAAUGAAUAAAAGCUGUGAUUUAUUUAAUAAUUUAACAAUCUAACGAUCAUAUUUCCUGAUCUUUGAAGACGAUGUUUGUUCAAAUGUUUCCUACUGACUUGAUUAUGAGUGGUUCACUCAAAAUGUAAUUACUGUACAUAUGUAUAAUUCCAGAGGAUAAAAUAUGUAAUUACUAGAAUUAAAAAUGAAAUCUUACCUGCAACACUUGAUUCUGUUUACACCUACUGGAUGGAGAACAUAUCUUUUUCUUAAUUGUAUGACUUUAUCAAAACUUGAACGUUGAAUAUUAAAAAUGUAAAAUAGGA